AUGUGUCGGUGGCUGCUGGGCUUCGCCCUGUGUACAGAAGAGCAAAGCACCUUCGACGCCUCUCCGCGGACCAUCCGGCAGCAGCAGCCUAUGGAGACUGGGGAAAAGAACAAGGCCUAUUUGUCAAUAACAACUCCUACGGGGGAAAUAGCUCUGAGCCCCCAAGUCAGGCUCCUCCUGGGUAUCUCGGUCCCUUUCGUCGGGGAGGUGGGAGUUUUCCGAGGCACUCACACUCUUGGCAAGGCCAGUGCGCCCCCCCCCCCCCACCCGCGUCAUCUUCUCCGGCGGCCGCGGUGGCGGCGGCGUCGGCGGCAGCAUCGGCGACAUCACACCCUCCGACGGUAUCCUUCCGCCGAGCCUUCCAGCUCCACUUCCUCCUCAGCCUGUUCUCCGUCCGUUUCCUCCGGUGUAGCACCGCCGGUACCAUUCCGUCAGCCCCGCCGGGCUGCUCGUCGAGAAGGGCCCCAGGCCCGGAGGGAGCGGCGCGGACUACUCUCUCCCUCCUUGGCGGAGGGAUCUGCGGAGGCGGCGUCGGCGCAGCAGCAGCGGCGGCGGCGGCAGCGGAGGCGGUGGCGGCAGUGGCGGCGGCGGCGGCGCCGGUGGCGGAGGAGGAGGCAGCAGCAGCAGCAGCAGCGCAUAAAGGGGCCGCCGCCGGGUGAUGCGGUCCUUGCUGCGGUAGCGCCCGAGAGCCGAGUCCCGGGAUCCUCCGGAGGGGCCCACCCCGCCCCCUCCCCUCCCCCCCACCCCUCGUUCCUCCCCCUCCCUGCCGCUGCGGCCUCCCAGCCCGGGCACCGCACUUCCCUCCGUCCCUCCUCCUCCCCAGUCCCCUUCCCUGGCCCCCUGCCCCGUCGCCGCUGCCUGCCGCCGCCGGCCCCUCUCCCCGCCUUCCCCAGCACUCCCUUUCCUCCUCUCCUCCCUACGGCCAGGAAUCGCCGCGGCCUAGCUCCCUCCGCCUUCCCCUCCUCCCCUCCCCGUCCCUCUCCCCCAUCCCCGUCCUCGCCCCGGGGUCCGCCGCCGCCCGUCUCACACAAUGGCUCUGAAGAGAAUCCACAAGGAGUUGAAUGACCUGGCACGUGACCCCCCAGCUCAGUGUUCAGCAGGUCCUGUUGGAGAUGACAUGUUCCAUUGGCAAGCUACAAUAAUGGGGCCAAAUGAUAGUCCCUAUCAGGGUGGAGUAUUUUUCUUGACAAUUCAUUUCCCAACAGAUUAUCCCUUCAAACCACCUAAGGUUGCAUUUACAACAAGAAUUUACCAUCCAAAUAUUAACAGUAAUGGCAGCAUUUGUCUUGAUAUUCUACGGUCACAGUGGUCACCAGCACUAACUAUUUCAAAAGUACUCUUGUCCAUCUGUUCUCUGUUGUGUGAUCCCAAUCCAGAUGAUCCUUUAGUGCCUGAGAUUGCACGGAUCUACAAAACAGAUAGAGAAAAGUA